AUGGACUCCUACGAGACUGCUGCUCCUCAGCAAGGCGGCCGCGCGUGCUACAACUGUGGCGAUGCCUCGCAUCUUUCGAGAGACUGCCCACAGAAGGGCACUCCGACCUGCUACAACUGCGGUGGCCAAGGCCACUUGAGCCGCGAAUGCACCGAGCCAGCCAAGGACAAGGCAUGCUACUCGUGCGGUGAGACUGGUCACAUGAGCCGUGAGUGCCCCAGCGGCGGUGGACAGCAGCAGCGUGGUGGCUUCGGCGGAGGUGCCGGUGGUGGCCAAGAGUGCUACAAGUGCGGUAAGGUCGGUCACAUCGCUCGCAACUGCUCUCAGGGCGGCUAUGCUCAGGGCGGCGGUUUCGGUGGCGGCUACGGUGGAGGCUACGGCGGUCGUCAGCAGGGUGGCGGCGGAGGCCAACAGACUUGCUACGCUUGUGGUGGCUAUGGCCACAUGAGCCGCGACUGCACCCAGGGCCAGAAGUGCUACAACUGUGGCGAGGUCGGUCACCUUUCGCGCGAGUGCCCAUCCGAGGCCAGCGGCGAGCGCACCUGCUACCGCUGCAAGCAGCCUGGCCACGUCCAGAGCCAAUGCCCCAACUAA